AUGUUUUCCCAUGUUAUCCUAGUAGAUGAUGCUCAAUCCGAUAUAAGAUUAUUAAGAAUAAUAAAUAUCUCGUGUUUGCAGGAAUUUAACAUUUACGUUCCUGACUGGGAGAAAAGUGACGAAUUUAACCCAGAGGAAAUUGUUUCACGUAAGAGAGAGCAUCCUACUUGGACAACACUGGGGGAAUACGGUUCCAAACCAACAAUCCAUGCAGAUGGACAAGUAUUUAUUGACUCCUAUAGCGACUUACUGCAUUUGUCUGUAAGAAACCCUGAUCAAUUCGUUUCGGGUGAAAUUCACAAACACAAAGAUGAAUGGUUGCGUAUAACUCAAAGAAAUUCAGACAACAUGUCAAGUACAAUUCAAAAUUGGGUCAGUAAUGGCAUUGACGUUAGGUCCUUCCUGCGUCCGUUCAAGGGAAAUUUCAAAGGGCAAUCGUAUGAUAACAGACUUCCACCAAAACAGUAUUUUCAAAAUUCUAAGAAUUGCAAAAACUUUGUUCAUUUUAUUAGAAAAGAAAUAAGUGAGAGACUAGUCAAUGGUUCGUUGAGAUUAUGGGGAAGAGUGGGAACAAGCUGUCUCCCUAAGAUUAUCAUGCCUUUGACAGUGGAACCAAAUAAGCCACGACUAUGUCAUGAUGAGCGUUUUUUGAACCUGUGGACAAAGGAUUUACCCUUUACGUUAGAUACACUUAAAGACGCCCAUAGACUUGUUGGAAAACAUGCUUACAUGGUGUGUUGCGAUGAAAAAUCGGGAUACGAUCAUAUUAAGCUAACCAGAGAAUCAGAAAAAUACUUUGGAAUUCAGUUUGGGGGAUGGGUCUUCACAUACACGACUCUACCAUUUGGCUGGAAAGCCUCUCCUUAUAUAUAUCAAAUGAUUGGGAUGCAAAUCACAUCAUACCUUCGAAAGAAGGGUCUUCAUAUGGUCCAAUACAUUGAUGACAGGCUCGCAGUGUGUCAGAAAUAUGACAAAAUUGAUCAAUCAGAACUUAAGGAACAAGCUUGUCCGUUACAAAUGGUUAAACUUAUCGUGACCGAAUUAACAGCCUUAGGAUACACACUGGCUAUCAAAAAGUGUCAGCUAAUUCCAACUACAGUAGUCCGAUACUUAGGUUUUCUAGUUGACUCUUCUAAACAGGCCUACUUACUUCCAUUGGAUAAAAAAGAAGCAUUCAUCGGGAUACGAGAGGGUAUCUUGCAGUCAGAUGAAGUUGAUGUUCAAACACUUCAACGAUUUGCCGGAAAAUGUAUAUCCAUGGCAAUCGUUAUACCAGGUGCCAAACUAUAUACAAGAGAGAUAAAUUUUGCAAUAUCACUGUGUAUAAAGAAUAGUAAACAAACAACCAUUUCUCGUGAGCUGCGACAAGAAAUCGAACAUUGGAGGUUUUUAGACGACUGGGAAGGCUUCGCGCCAUGGAGACAAGAAAAGCAUCUUCAGAUGUCACUGUCAACUGUCACUGUCUCUUUCCGCUACGGGAUUUCCCUAAUGUCAGGCCAAGACAAAGGUCUAUCCUUUGGAGACUAUUGGUCAAGCGAGGAUGAUCGACCGAUUCAUCUUAAAGAAGCAUCAGCUGUCGACAUUGCUCUUCAGUCCUUGGCACCAAAAAUCAAGGAUUACAGAUUAGACAUUCAUGUUGACAACACUGCAGUCUUGCAUGCUUGGGAAAAUCAAAGGUCUCGUGACCGACAAUUGGCUGACAUCAUGAAAAAUAUAUUCCAGACAGUUUGGAAAUUGAAUAUCGACUUAAGAUUACACUACGUGCCAUCAGCAGAAAAUGUUGCAGACGCUCCCUCUAGGACUAUUUCUUACACAGAUUGCAUGUUACAUCCCAAAACAUGGCAGAGUGUUGAUGUUAUGUUUGGACCACAUACGGUGGACUUGAUGGCGACGGAUACGAAUGUUAUGAUGUCCAACUCUGGAGUACCACUGAAACAUUUUACGAAAAACCCAACUCCGCAAUCAGCGGGUGUUAAUGUAUUUGCGCAAGAUUUGUCAAGUGAGAAGCGUCCCUACGUGUUUCCUCCAUUUCACCUAGUAUUCCCUGUAUUGUGUCUCCUUAAAGAACAAAAAGUGGAAAAUAAUAAAGUUAACCUUCCUGCUAUUGAAGUUACCACACUCUCCGGACUUAACAAGUAUGACGCCACACGACGUAUGCAGAUUUAUAGUAUGGAGUGA